UCGGGGGGCGCCGCCGCCGCCGCCGCCUCCAGCAGCAGCACCAGCCUCCCCGCGCGUUCGGAUUUGCCUCGAGCCCUCCUGAAGCGCAUCACAAGGCGGAUCCCGCGGCUCUUCCUCCGCCCGCGGCUUCUCCAGCGUUCGGCUCCGCGGCCAACUUCCCCUCGUUGGGCUCGGCCGGCUGGCGAACAAGGCGGCGGCGGAACGCCGGGCUGUCUGCUCGCGCUGCCCGCGCACGCACACUUCUCCCCCCUCGCUCCGUGUCUCGGGGCCGUGCUGGGAAUUCCGGCCACCAGCAAUUGUCCGGAAAUAAUGCAAAAGGUGUCCCAAGGCUCCUGACCAGUGAACAAAGAUUUGAGAAAGACAGCCAAGCUCAUGUUUUCUCCUGAUCAAGAAAAUCAUCCAUCCAAAGCACCAGUGAAAUAUGGUGAACUCAUUGUCUUAGGGUAUAAUGGGUCUCUUCCAAAUGGCGAUAGAGGAAGGAGGAAAAGUAGAUUUGCUUUGUUUAAAAGACCUAAGGCAAAUGGGGUGAAGCCCAGCACUGUGCAUAUUGCUUGUACUCCUCAGGCUGCAAAGGCAAUAAGCAAUAAGGACCAGCAUAGCAUAUCAUACACCUUGUCUCGAGCGCAGACAGUAGUGGUUGAAUAUACUCAUGACAGCAACACUGAUAUGUUUCAGAUUGGCCGGUCGACUGAAAGUCCCAUUGAUUUUGUAGUAACUGACACAGUUCCUGGAAGUCAAAGUAAUUCUGAUACACAGUCAGUGCAGAGUACCAUAUCAAGAUUUGCCUGUAGAAUCAUAUGUGAACGGAAUCCCCCCUUUACAGCACGGAUUUAUGCUGCAGGAUUUGACUCAUCAAAAAACAUCUUUCUUGGGGAGAAGGCUGCCAAAUGGAAGACAUCAGAUGGACAGAUGGAUGGCCUGACCACUAAUGGCGUUCUUGUUAUGCAUCCACGCAAUGGGUUCACAGAAGACUCCAAACCGGGAAUAUGGAGAGAAAUAUCAGUGUGUGGAAAUGUGUUUAGCCUGCGUGAAACCAGAUCAGCUCAGCAGAGGGGGAAAAUGGUGGAAAUUGAAACCAAUCAGUUACAAGAUGGCUCAUUAAUUGAUCUCUGUGGCGCAACAUUGCUGUGGCGUACUGCAGAAGGCCUUUCCCACACUCCUACCGUGAAGCAUUUAGAAGCUUUAAGACAGGAAAUCAAUGCAGCGCGACCUCAGUGCCCUGUAGGGUUCAACACACUAGCAUUUCCCAGCAUGAAGAGAAAAGAUGUCGUUGAUGAAAAACAACCCUGGGUGUAUCUAAACUGCGGCCAUGUGCAUGGCUAUCAUAACUGGGGAAACAAAGAAGAACGUGAUGGAAAAGAUCGUGAAUGUCCUAUGUGUAGGUCUGUUGGUCCCUAUGUCCCUUUGUGGCUUGGAUGUGAAGCUGGAUUUUAUGUGGACGCCGGCCCUCCGACCCAUGCGUUUAGCCCGUGUGGGCAUGUGUGUUCAGAAAAGACAACUGCCUAUUGGUCCCAGAUCCCGCUUCCUCACGGUACUCACACUUUUCAUGCCGCCUGUCCCUUCUGUGCACAUCAGUUGGCUGGUGAACAAGGCUACAUCAGACUUAUUUUCCAAGGACCUCUAGACUAACAGACAGUUGUCCUCCAGGACUACAUUAAACAUUUAUAAGCUAAGUGAUCUGGGCUUUCCAACCUGUUGUCCACGUCACAGUUUUUCUGCUCUGGUUGUUUGCAUUAAGAUGAAGAUUUUUUAAAAACAUUUGUAAUAAAUAGUAGCAAUUUCUGAGCAAAAAUCUGGGAAAAUCAAGCAAAGGAAUUUUCGAAAGUACCAGACUUCUGAUUUCUGAGUUUUGAAAAUAUAUUUUGAGGAGAAAAAGACAUAGUCUAAUUUGAUGCCUUCCUUUUAGUGUUUUUGAAUCACCCAUCCUCAGUGUUGAAAAAUGGUUUUGUAUAACUGAGGGUACUGUUGGUUCAAACUAUGUUAGUUUACAGUUUGUUGCAAAAUUGUAAAAUACAGCAACAUGUAUAUUAACUUUUUUUCUAUUUAUCUUUAUUAUAGAAAAUAUCUUAGAAUGUUCCUGGUAGAGUAGCAUGGUGACAGUGGUCUCACACUCCUGGUGAGAAUGGUAGUUUAGCAAGCGUAGCUCAAGGAUUUGCAGAGUUAGGAAGAAGGACAGGAGAGACUCUCUCCCCACCCCAUUUAAAUAUGAAAUUUGGUAAAUUAGAAUACUUUGUAAAAACAGAUUCAUAUUAAUUACCACUAUGUAAGAGGUGUUUGUUUUUAACCACAUUAAAGGUAAUCGGGAAAGAAUUUUUUCCUUAAUGUUUCUUCCGAGUAUAGUACUAUAACGAAAACUUAAUGCUAAGAAACAUUUUAUAUGCUCCUUUGAAAAUGCAAUUUAAUCUAGAUUAUCUAUUUUUCUCCCACAAUAACUAAUCUGUUUUUAGUAUCAGCAACAUUUGGCAAGUUUAUUUUUUAGAUAUAAACUGUGGUUCAUCUGUUCACUGUUUCUGGAAAAAAAAUCAUUCCCAUGAGAAAAAGCAUAAAUUAACAAGAAAGGAGAGUGACUUGAUUUGCUUUUAGAAGAAGAAUGCUGAAUUAACUAUCCUGUAUUUGGACUUAUUCAGGUGUUAAAAAACGUAGAAAGAUUUGAAGGGUUGAAUGACAACAGUGCUUUUUUUUUUUUUUUUUUUUAAAUUUAACAGACCAGCCUUAACUGUGGGUUUGAAUCCUAAAAGGACAUUUGCCACAGUGUGACUCAAGGAAGUAUUUGGUUGGCAGGUGAGCACCAGUGAUAGCCAAAUAGAGGGACAUACUUGCAUGGUCAGUUUAUUCUUCAUUUCCAGUAAGUUCUUUGGUUUCAGAAGGAAGAAAACAUUUUCUCUCCCUUUCCCCCACCCACCCAUUUUUGGUUUUUUUUUAAUACCCACAAGGAAAGUAUAGACAGCUGCACUACAUCAAACCCUUUGUGACACUUGUAAAAAUCAGUACACUUUUAGGUUAGACAGAAUCAUUUUUUUAAUCUUUUGAUUUGUUUUCCUUUAGUUCAAAAAGUUGUAUUAUACUUAAUUGACUCUAGCAAGAUUUUGUAUGUGGUAGCAUAGCUUUAAUUUAUCCUGUUAUGAUACUGUUCUGAAUUUUCUUUUGGUUUUUAAAAAACAAAACCUGUUGCUUGGAA